AUGCCCGAAGAGAAGACUGGACAAAUUCAGAAAAUUCCUGUUGGCGAUGGAACGGACCCUGGCCAAGUCGUGGGGGAUCUGACUGCUAGUAUACAGAGUUUCUUCAUAUCUUCUCAGUUUUCGGACCUUGUUGUCAAAACCGAAGAGCAAGAAUUCAAGUUGCAUAGGUUAAUUGUCUGUGGGCAGUCUGAAUAUUUUGCGCGAUUGUACCAGGGCAACUGGGCAGAAACGGCCGACAAUACGAUCCAGUUGAAUGACGAUGAUCCUCGUGCUAUCGAGGCAAUGAUCCACUUUAUGUAUGGCAUUGACUAUGAUAGCAGCGGUAACGAGCUCGGCCGUAUUUCUCCUAUGAUCUUCAAUGUCAGGUUAUAUCAGGUCGCGGACAAAUAUUUCGUACCCCGGCUCAAGCAAAGGGCCAAAGAGAAGUUUGGACAAAUCGCAAGAACCUGUUGGGAAAUGGAUGAUUUCCCUGUUGCUAUUGCUGAGGCAUAUCAUUUGAAAGGUUUUGUUCUGUUCUCGAGGAAACUGUCGGCUUUGCUGCCGAUCUCGUCAUAUCUCUGUCUGGAGAAAGAGGGUCGACGAAAGAUCACCACAAAUAUUACUGUUCUGGAUGUUCUCGUAAAUGGUCCUGGUGCAACUCUGAGGUAG